GAUUAUAAACAAAAGACAACGAGCACAGUAGCUGAGAUAUAGUGCGUCAGUGCAGGUUGUGAUAAAUGAACAACACGUGAAGAGGAAUAUAAUCUUUGUACUUCCUAAAAUGCACACUGAACGACAAGUAUCGAAAAUCCACGAUGUCAGUUAUAAACAAGUGCUUCUUUGUCUUUGUUGUUUGUCAUAUUAUAUGCCACUUGACUAAUGCAGACGAGAGCUUCGUUAUUGAGGACUUUCGAGGCUAUCCGAUGUUUCGCGAAGAUGAGAUCCGGGGUCGUAGGACAUUGGGGAAUAUAAUGAAUGCCAUGGGUACAGAUGAUACAAAAGAUUCUUACGCUGGACUGUUCGACAGUUAUGGCGAUUCGAGUGCACAGAAAAAAUCAAAAACGGUUUUCACGAAUGAGCAAGUGGAUAAAGUUCUGGAAGAAGCGUUUCGAGAGGAACCAUUUGACGAGGAUAUUAAUGGUGUUGUACGAAAUAAUGUUGAUGAGAGUAUUUUUUCCAAGCAUGCGCACGAUGGCAGUAUACCGCUGAGCAUCAUCGAGAAUGAACAGAAUGGCAAUCCAUAUGCAAGAGACAUUGUCGAAAAUGAGCUAGUUGACUCGCCAUUUUCCGUUAUGGACACAGGAAUGUCGAUUGGCCGAAAAUUCCGACAUAAAGUUGUUUAGAAUGGGCAAAUACACGCCGAUCGUAAUCCAAUCUUAGAACAGAUAUAUAUGUUUACACAAAAAGCCAUGUUUUGUAAAAAGUAAAUCCUUUAAUACUGUACAUAGGAGAGACUCGUUGAAUAUCAUUGAAGAUUAUUGAUAUCAAAAUAUACAAAAUGCGUUUGUGUGCGAUAGUGAUAUGUAUUCCCCAUAUGUGUAAUAAAUAUUGGGUGAUUAUAA